CCGGCGCUCGCUCCCAGCAGCCGCUCCGGUGCACCCCUCCCCCCCCGCCCCUACUUCCUAGUCGGUCGGUGCGUUCCCGGCGCUGACGUCAGCCCGAGCUCCUGGACCUAUAUAACCACCGAAUGCGCCGCCGGCUCAGCUCCCGCGGGACCACCGCUUUCCACUCCACCGGCGGCACACCAGAGGGGACAAGGAACCGGGGACAACACACCGGGUACGGGACAGGGGACCGGGGACAGCGCACCGGGCACGGGAUGAUGCACAGAUCCUUACCCGUGCGCUGGGUGCGGCUGGAGCCGAGGAUGCGGCAGGCGCUGCUCACCCUCCUGCUGUUGCUCGCUCGUCCGCCGCCCGCCGCCGCCCGCCCCGACGGCUCCGUCACAGCGGCAGGUGCCGGGACUCGAGACCAGCCCCUACACUGGCCGCCGCUGGCUCCGCCGUCGCCGGGGCCGUGGCGAGGGCGGCGAGACGAGCCACCGCUCUCCAUCGACCUCACCUUUCACCUCCUGCGGCAUCUCCUGCUUCUUGCCCGCGCCCAGAGCCAGCGCGCCCGCGCCGACAGCAACCGCCGCAUCCUUGACGCCGUGGGACGCUGAGCGCCGGCCCGGGAUCCCUCCGUGGUCCUUCGGACCCCAUCGAGGCUGCGCUGGGAUCCGGCCACCGUCUCAGCCUCUAUACCGCUGUCCGCUCAGCUCUUCACUGGCAAACUCGCCGGGACCAGGACCGGGACCGGCUCCGGGCUGCCCCCGUCCCGUCCUCUGAGCUGGGGCAAGUGGGCAUGGUACCAGCCCCGCGACGGGCUCGCACCGAUUUUGUAAUAA